GGCAAGCCGGGUCAGAAAAUCAAUCUCCUUCUCCGAUUUCACUCUAGCCAAAAUUGCCAUCACUCUAUCGACGGUGCUGAGCUCAAAUCGCCUGUGUAUCAAGUUCCCAAGAUUGAUUCUUGAAUCUGUGGUACGGUGGAGCUAGAAAGAAGAUGCAAAAACUGGGUGAUUUCAAGCUCCCUCAGUUCUUCAACUAUCCUCCAUACUUCACUUUACAGCCUGUGAGGGACACACGGGAGAAACAGAUACAGUUAUGGAAGGAGUUGAUAAUUGAUUAUUGUAAGACACAAAAAAUCUUCGUGAUUGGACUUGAAGAGGACUUUCCAUUGUUCAGUAAUCCUGCAAUUGAAAGAUCUCUUAGCCAUGAAGCAAGGGAAGCAUUUCUAUCGGCUUUGGUUUCUGAUGGCCGUGCAGAAUGGAUAGAUAAAGGUCAUAGGAAAUGCUUAAUUCUUUGGCAUAGAAUCCAAGAUUGGGCCGACUUAAUAUUGCAGUUUGUCAGGGAAAAUGGUUUGGAGGACAGUGUAAUGACAGUUGAAGAAAUACGUUCUGGGACGGAGUCCAGGGGAACAGAGCUUCACGGGAUGGAUCGUACAAUUCUUAUGCGAGGAUUGAAGCUACUAGAAAACAAGGGGAAACUUGCAUUAUUCAAGGGAACUUCUGCUGAUGAUGAGGGUGUCAAGUUUUCAUUAUGAUUUAUGACAAACCUCUCAGGGCAUGUUCACAUGAAUACUUCCAUUUGUAUUGAACCAUCUUGUAUUCAAUCACAAAUUCAGCUUGAAGCUGAGAUCAGGUUGUUAUGUAAAUCCCACAUUUUGGAAUACUGGUAAAGAUUAAGAAAAUGUUUAAUGACACAAUUUGGCACUUUUGCUGA